UGCGUUGCGCGGCUCCGGGCCAGCGGGGACGCAGGAUGGGCUGAGGUGGCCGCGGCGGCGAGGACAGGGCGCGACGCCGGGCCGGCUUCUCAGACUUUGCCUUUGAGGAGAGGGAAAUAGAAGUCAGGCUUGGAAAUGGAGAUGUAUGAAACUCUUGGAAAAGUGGGAGAGGGAAGUUAUGGCACAGUCAUGAAAUGUAAACAUAAGAGUACCGGGCAGAUAGUGGCCAUUAAGAUAUUCUACGAGAAGCCGGAAAAAUCUGUCAACAAAAUUGCAACGAGAGAAAUAAAGUUUCUAAAGCAAUUUCAUCAUGAAAACCUGGUCACUCUGAUUGAAGUUUUUAAACAGAAAAAGAAAAUUCACUUGGUAUUUGAAUUUAUUGACCACACAGUGUUAGAUGAGUUACAACACUAUUGUCAUGGACUAGAGAGUAGACGACUUAGAAAAUACCUCUUCCAGAUCCUUCGAGCAAUUGAAUAUCUUCACAAUAAUAAUAUUAUUCAUCGAGAUAUAAAACCUGAGAAUAUUUUAGUGUCCCAGUCAGGAAUUGCGAAGGUCUGUGAUUUUGGUUUUGCACGAACACUAGCAGCUCCUGGUGACAUUUAUACAGAUUAUGUGGCCACACGCUGGUAUAGAGCUCCAGAACUAGUAUUAAAAGAUACUUCUUAUGGAAAGCCUGUGGAUGUCUGGGCUUUGGGCUGCGUGAUCAUUGAGAUGGCCACUGGAAGUCCCCAUCUUCCUAGUAGCUCUGAUUUAGAUUUACUCUAUAAAAUCGUUUUAAAAGUUGGUAAUUUGACACCUCAUUUGCAGAAUAUUUUUUUCAAGAACCCCAUAUUUGCUGGAAUGGUCCUUCCUCAAGUUCAACACCCCAAUAAUGCAAGAAAAAAAUAUCCAAAGCUUAAUGGAUUAUUGGCAGAUAUAGUAGAUGCUUGUUUACAAAUUGAUCCUGGCGAGAGGCUAUCAUGUACUGAUCUUUUGCAUUAUGAAUAUUUUACUAGAGAUGGAUUUAUUGAAAAGUUCUUACCAGAAUUAAGAGCUAAACUACUGCAAGAAGCAAAAGUCAAUUCAUUCAUAAAGUCCAAAGACAAUUCCAAAGAAAAUGAACUAAUGAAAGAUGAAAGAAAAACAAUGUUUACCAAUGCACUGGAAACAGAAAAAGAGAAAAAGCCCAAGGAGAUCAAAGUAACAGUUAUUAAAGUCAGAGGAGGAAAAGGAGAUACCUCAGAACUGAAAAAGACAGAGUGUGAAGGUAGACACUGUCAUCAGGAUGCAACUGAAAAUGUUCGUGCUUUGUCCCAAAAUGCAAAACCUACAGCCUCUGACCUGCCGAAUCCUGCCAGUCCCAUCACUAACUCCAAUGAUGGGAAGGAUGUGCCCCAAGCUGAAGGUUACAGGAUGAUGCCACCCAUUAAUCUUACUAACACCAAUAUGAUGGUUGCAAAUCCCAAUUCAAAUCUCUUCCACCCCAAUCCAAGAGCCAGGUGGAGAGGGGGAUCUUUAAUGAGCGCAGUGACCAAAUGACAAGUGGGUACAAAAGGAAGCUGAAUUUUUCCAGAUUUGACAGGAAAGAAUUCCAUUUCCCUGAAUUGCCUUUCACGGUACAGGCAAAGGAC